AUGCCGAAUGCCAGUGAUUUGCCACCAGUGCCGCCAGUCUUGGAGCCAUGUUUGGAUAUCUUGAAGGACGACAAAUGGGUGGAACGGCAUUCUCUGUCCGCCGGCCAGCAACGCUGGACACUGGGCAGAGCUGUUGGAGAGGUGGACUUCGUGAUGCAACAUGCUGCACUAUCUAGAGGAAGUGCAGGCAUUUACCUGAUGGAUCUGAAUUCAGGACAUGGUAUAUUUCUAGAUGGACAGAGGAUCGAAAAGAAUCUUCGCGUGCUUCUGAAACAUGGAGCAGCCAUCCGAUUCCGUAAGCGCAAGCGCACGCGCGUGUGUUACGCACGUGCGGCCAUGCUGCGAUGGGCAGCAUUGGCGGCAGUGCUCGCAGCCGCCGUUUGUGCAGACGAAAGCUUUGACCAUGCUGUCUCUGUAGAUGCUGAUGGACGUACGAAUGAGUACUCACAUCAUUUGGAAUCAGAGCCUUUGAGUCUGAGUGAAAUCACUCCACAUUGGUCCUUGGAUGAUGCAGCUCUCCUUCCACAACAACAUGUGACGAACAGCCAGCCGAGCCAAUCGGAGGAGGAUGAAUCAGCUGAUGAUGAAUCAACUGAUGAUGAUGGUGAUGAUGAGGAGAGCUCAGAGGAAGCGGUUGGGACCGAAAAAGGGAACUUCUCCUUUUCGUACCGUCAACACGUGACAGGCUCCACACCCACCGGACCGUUAGGAAUCGGCACGCCAUCGGUGGGUUUGAACAUGAUCUUGGAUACGGGGAGCGACAAGUUCGUGGCAAAGACCUGGUCAACCAUCAAGGCAGAGCUGGAUAAGAUCGAUGCCGGUGCUUCAGAGGAGGUCUUCCCGGGAAACAAGAUUUACAACCACAACUCGUCCAAGUCCUAUAUGCAACUCUUUGCUUCUCAACAUGGAAGGAAAGUCCCACGUCAGGGAUUCAUUGCAUAUGGAAGUGGCAUGGCCAUCACCUUGGAAGGCAAAGAGACCAUUCGUGUUGGAACUGAUGAGAGAUCCUCUGAUGGCAAAGCUGUGGAUGUGGCUGGGCAAAUGCAUUGGGCAGUGACAGUGAAGAACAUGCACGUGAAGAAGCACAAGCUCGGAGACGACAUGCACGUCUCUUUGCCACCAAGUGCCUACAUCAUGAAGGUUCAAAUGCCAAGGCUGAAAGAGGAUCCCAACUCCCAAGCGGAGGAUUCGGAGAUGAGAAGCGCCACCUCCGAGAAUGCGGAUGCCAACCUCGAGGAGGACGAUGACGAUGAAGCGAGUGACGAUGCCAAGGCUGUGGGAUCCACACGCUUCCGGAUGGCUCGACGUCAUGAAGCGGCUGAACUCACAGAAGAAGAAGCAAGGGAAGCACAAGAAGCUCAAACUCAGCGCUACCAGGCACAAGUGGACUCCUUGGUGGAGGAGCGCUUGGCGAAUCAGCCACAAAGCAUCAAGGAAAAGCGACCAAAGGUCUUCUUAGAGGUGGAGCUCCACAAGCGGCAGCUAGGCAAAGUGGUCCUCGAGCUCUUUGGCGACGUUGUCCCGAAGACGGUCGAGAACUUCCGCUGUCUUUGCACAGGAGAACGAGGCGUCAGCGCUGUUUCUGGCAAGCCGCUCUGCUUCAAAGGAAGCAGGUUUCACAAGAUCAUCCCGGGCAAAAUCAUCCAAGGUGGUGACAUCACCAAAGGCGAUGGCUCCGGGGGUGAUUCCAUCUACAACCAGGAUGGAGAUGGCACCUUUGAGUCUGAAAACUUCAAGCUGAAGCACGACCGGCCUGGCCUUGUGUCUAUGGCACACAAGCGAGGGCAAGAAGGGAAGAAUUGUUCACAGUUUUUCUUUACUUCAAAGGCCGAGCCGAAGCUGGAUGGUAAGAAUGUCGUCUUCGGACGCGUCAUCGAAGGGAUUGACAAGCUCUCCAAGCUCGAGUCCAUGGGCACCAAGGGGGGCACCCCACUCUUUGAGGCGAUCAUCUCGGAUUGCGGCGAGUUGGAGUCCGAAGCCUUGAGAACGAGAAAGCGAAAGCUGGACGAGGAGAGCACUUGUCGUAUUCUGCAGCCGCGGGGCCCGAGCUUUCGUGUGGCGCCGCCUUUGAAGAGGCGCAGCCGCAGCAAUGGCCUCACCAGUGGCCUCAUUGAAGCAGCCGCUCCUACCGAGGCGCCAUCUCUCAUCUCUCAGGUCUAA